GAAGCAAAAUAAUCAGCACGUUUGAAGUGACUGUGAGUUUCAGUUUGUCUUUUCUCCCCGUGAUAUUAUUGCAGGGGAAUGAUAAUUAGACCUUUAGAAAUCCAAAGGGGCUCUCUUGCUCUCUUCCCUCUCUCAUUUCUCUUCUCUCUUUCUCUCUCUCUCUCUCUCCCUUCCUCCCUCCCUCCCUCUCUCCCUCCCUCUCUCUUGCUCCCUCCCUCUCCCUUUCUCUCUAACUCUGAUGUUGGCAAAGGGGGUUUUCUUAAUCAGACUGUUUUUUGGUCCCAGGGAAAGGAGGAAGAAGGAGAUUGUGAUGGAGAAAGGGGGUCUGUGAAACGUCAGGCACAGCACAAAGGCUUUGCCACGUAAUUACAGGCUCCUAUUAAGUCGAGAUCUGCCCUCCCAGGGGUCUCCAAUUUUCUUGUAUUCCCUACAAAGCCUCCUCUGCAUGCCAGUUUGUGCCUUUUGAAGUGCCAGAGAGCUUCUUGAUCCAACUGAGAAGGAAAAAGGAGCCCAGCAAGAAGAGGGGGAGAGAGAGAAGGGAAAGGGGGGAACCCACCAGCACCCUCCGUCGGACUCUUGAAGCCUUUUUUUUUUUAAUUCUUAAUUUUUUUUUUUACUCUUUACAAAAAGUAAAGUGAGAAUCCUGCUCUCUAAUACAUCUGCAAGACAUCACCCUCUCCUCCUGAAACUUUAGUCACUCCUGAGAAUCCACAGGAGUGCAGAGAGGGGGGAACACGUUUUCUUGAAGAUGUUUUAAAGCUGGAACAAGCCUUCUUCUGUUGGUGCUUGAACUCUUGCCUGGGAAUAACUUUUUUAACCUUUAAAAAAACCAUUCACUUUGAUUCUUCUCUCCCACCCCUUCUUCUCUCUUCUUCUGUUUGCCUAACUCCCCCGCCCUGCUGGCCUCCGCUUUCCUCUCUCCCCCUUAUUAUUAUUUUUAGUCUGUGCGUGUGGACACUUUUGGAGAGUUGGAAGGGAUUUUUUUCUCCUGACUUGAACAUAGGGUGACUUUUUAAUAUUGUAUUUUAGUGUGGAUUAUCUCUUUGGACCGCGCCGGACUUGGCCUCAGGAAAGCAACCAAGGCUGCGGAAGGCGGCUGGUGCAGAACGCUCUGCUCUACAGAAGGGGGUCCCCCGCCCUCUAUUCCAAUUUUUUUUUUUUUUGGCCUUCCUCUCCUUCCCUCCCUCUUCCUCCCUCUCUCUCUCUCUCUCUCCACUACCCCCCUCUUUCUUCCCCACUCGGCUCCUCUCCCCCCUCGCGCCCACAGCGUUUGGUGUUGAUUCGAGCGGGAAGAGGGGGGUGGGUGGGAUCGGUGGGGGAGACCAUGACCUCCAGCUACGGGCACGUUCUGGAGCGGCAACCGGCGCUGGGCGGCCGCUUGGACAGCCCGGGCAACCUCGACACCCUGCAGGCGAAAAAGAACUUCUCCGUCAGUCACCUGCUAGACCUGGAGGAAGCCGGGGACAUGGUGGCGGCACAGGCGGAUGAGAACGUGGGCGAGGCUGGCCGGAGCCUGCUGGAGUCGCCGGGACUCACCAGCGGCAGCGACACCCCGCAGCAGGACAAUGACCAGCUGAACUCAGAAGAAAAAAAGAAGAGAAAGCAGCGAAGGAAUAGGACAACCUUCAAUAGCAGCCAGCUGCAGGCUUUGGAGCGUGUCUUUGAGCGGACACACUAUCCUGAUGCUUUUGUGCGAGAAGACCUUGCCCGCCGGGUGAACCUCACCGAGGCGAGAGUGCAGGUGUGGUUUCAGAACCGAAGAGCCAAGUUCCGCAGGAAUGAGAGAGCCAUGCUAGCCAAUAAAAACGCUUCCCUCCUCAAAUCCUACUCAGGAGACGUGACUGCUGUGGAGCAGCCCAUCGUACCUCGUCCUGCUCCGAGACCCACCGAUUAUCUCUCCUGGGGGACAGCGUCUCCGUACAGAUCCUCGUCCCUCCCAAGAUGUUGUUUACACGAGGGGCUUCAUAACGGAUUCUAACGGAAGACACUGAAAAGCGCCAUGGCUACUUAUUCUGCCACAUGUGCCAACAAUAGCCCUGCACAGGGCAUCAACAUGGCCAACAGCAUUGCCAACCUGAGACUGAAGGCCAAGGAAUAUAGUUUACAGAGGAACCAGGUGCCAACAGUCAACUGAGGAAAAAAAAUAAUUAAACAGGCCUAAGAAGAAAUCAAAAACCAUAAGACACCUAUCCCGCUCUGUUAUUUCUUCAUCUGCUGGGGGAAAAAAGUAAAUUACAAACAAACAAACAAAGCAGAACUAAAAUAUUGGGACCAUGGCAGAGAAAAGCAGGAGAGGAGCAAAAUGAAAAUUAGUUAACAAAUGUUCCUCCUCCCUCUGGGAUACCACCA